CUCCCUCCUCUCUGUCUCUAGUCUCUACCAUUUCGUCUCCACUAAACAACAAUAGUUUUUACUUUCCUCAAAAUGCCGCUUAAUUUGGCGGUGAAAAGUUCAGUUUGCGCCUUGUUGUGUCUCACCGUUUCUCUUUUUGCCAUUGUCAAGGCUGACGAUCCUUACAGGUUCUUCAACUGGAAUGUUACUUACGGAGACAUCUAUCCGCUUGGUGUACGUCAACAGGGUAUACUGAUAAACGGGCAAUUCCCAGGCCCAGAUAUCCACUCUGUUACAAAUGACAAUCUUAUUAUCAACGUCUUCAACAGUCUCAAGGAGCCUUUUCUCAUUUCCUGGAGUGGAAUUCAGCAGAGGAGGAAUUCUUUCGAAGAUGGUGUAAAUGGAACAACUUGUCCUAUUCCUCCGGGGAAAAACUUCACAUACAUUCUUCAAGUGAAGGAUCAAAUUGGGAGUUUUUACUACUUCCCUUCACUUGCAUUCCACAAGGCUGCUGGUGGUUUCGGAGGGAUAAGGAUCCUUAGCCGUCCCAGAAUUCCAGUACCCUUCCCGGAUCCUGCCGGCGAUUAUACUGUACUUAUUGGAGAUUGGUACAAGAAAAAUCACACGGGCUUGAAGAGCAUUCUAGACCGGGGAAAUAAGCUACCUUUCCCUGAUGGAAUUCUUAUAAAUGGACGUGGACCGAAAGGUUACUCUUUAACUGUUGAGCAAGGGAAAACUUACAGGCUCAGAAUAUCAAAUGUUGGACUGCAAAAUUCACUCAACUUCCGCAUUCAAAACCAUAAAAUGAAAUUGGUAGAAGUUGAGGGAACCCACACACUCCAAACCACCUACUCCUCGCUUGAUGUUCAUGUGGGCCAAUCAUACUCAGUAUUAAUUACAGCUGAUCAGCCUGGACAGGACUAUUAUAUUGUUGUCUCUAGCCGCUUUACCUCCCAAGUCCUCACCACCACUGGCGUUCUUCACUACAGUAACUCUGCUGGCCCAGUUUCAGGCGAUCCCCCAGGUGGACCAACCGUCCAAAUUGACUGGUCUCUCAACCAAGCCCGCUCUAUAAGGACUAAUCUUACAGCAAGUGGACCAAGGCCUAACCCACAAGGCUCAUACCACUAUGGUCUCAUAAACACUACCAAAACUAUCAAGAUUUCAAGUUCGGCUGGACAAGUUAAUGGCAAGCAGAGAUAUGCACUUAAUAGUGUUUCCUACGUUGCUCCAGACACUCCCCUAAAGCUUGCUGACUACUUCAAAAUCGAUGGAGUCUUCCGUGUUGGAAGUAUCUCUUACAGUCCUACUGGUGGAGGAAUUUAUCUAGACACAGCUGUUAUGCGAGUUGACUAUAGGGCUUUUGUUGAAUUUGUCUUCCAAAAUGAUGAGGACAUUAUCCAGAGCUAUCACCUUGAUGGCUACUCUUUCUGGGUUGUUGGUAUGGAUGGAGGGCAGUGGACAUCGAAUAGUAGAAACCAAUACAAUCUCCGUGAUGCAGUUUCACGCAGCACUGUUCAGGUGUAUCCCAAGUCAUGGACUGCUAUUUAUAUAGCACUGGACAAUGUAGGAAUGUGGAACAUGAGGUCAGAGUUUUGGGCUCGACAGUACCUUGGACAGCAAUUUUACUUGCGUGUUUACACGUCAUCGACUUCACUCAGAGAUGAAUUCCCAAUUCCAAAGAAUGCACUUCUGUGCGGAAAAGCAGCUGGUCGACACACAAGGCCUCUCUAAAUUAGCAUAAAAUAAUGGGAUCCACUUGCGAGUAGGCAAAACUUGUCCAGCUUGGGGUGGAUUAGAGUAGAGAUUUCCUUCUAAUCUUUAUAUUUAAUUCGUUAUUUAUGCUUAUUUGAAGUGAGAAGCAAGUAAUGUAUGAUUAGAACUCUAAAUGACCCCAGCUCGAGGUCAUAUUCUUUUUCCAUUAAGGUUGUCAUUACUGUUAUUGUUAUUGUUGUUGAAGCUUGUAUACCAUUAUAUUAAAAUAUAUGAAUCAGGUCUCCAGUCUAUCAAGUUUGGCUCAUG